UUCCUUUCCUUCCAAACUUUUCCCCACCUUUCCUCCAUGAUAAUAAUAAACUCACUCACUUCAAUUAUUCUCUCCUCUCAAAAACACACAUAUUCAUAUGCAUCUACACUUGCUCAUGUCCCCCAUCUCCAUUCCCAUAUUCCCUAUCUUCCCCCCACCACUCCCUCUAUAUAACCAAAAGUCACUCACUCCCAAACUCUCUCUCUCUCUCUAGAAAUCAUCAGUCACCAAACACUCCCUCCAUAGUCUCCAAAAGAAAGUAGUUAAGUAACUAACUCCCUUGCUUCUCCUCCUCUUCUUCUUCAAGAAGAAAACUUCUCCCAUCUCAAUGCCAUCUCUCUCCUUCUCCCUCCUCUGAAAUUCCUCCAAAGCUACAAUCUUUCUUCCCUCCCCUCGAAAACCCACUUCUCAAAAUCAACCAAAAAAGAGGAAUUCUUCUUCUUCUUCUUCUUCCUCCUCCAUUUCAAUGUCAUCUCCCCUGUUCUUGCUCUGAAAACCCUCCAAAGUUCCAAGCUUUAAUCCAUACCAAACAAAACCCACAUCUCGGAAAGCUGCUACCGCCGCCAUGAUUACAUGGAAGGACCUCUACACCGUGAUGACGGCGGUGGUCCCACUCUACGUCGCCAUGAUCCUCGCCUACGGCUCCGUCCGGUGGUGGAAGAUCUUCACGCCGGACCAGUGCUCCGGGAUCAACCGUUUCGUCGCCAUUUUCGCCGUACCACUCCUCUCCUUCCACUUCAUCUCCACCAACGACCCUUACGCGAUGAACUUCCGGUUCAUCGCCGCCGACACCCUGCAAAAAAUCAUCAUGCUCGUCGCCCUCGGAAUCUGGACCAACGUCACCAAAUCCGGCAGCCUCGAGUGGAUGAUUACCAUUUUCUCCCUCUCCACUUUACCAAAUACCCUGGUGAUGGGAAUCCCUCUGUUAAUCGCCAUGUACGGGCCGUACGCAGGCAGCUUGAUGGUCCAAGUCGUCGUCUUGCAGUGCAUCAUUUGGUACACUCUGCUUUUGUUCUUAUUCGAGUACAGGGGAGCCAAGAUUCUGAUCAUGGAGCAGUUCCCCGAAACGGCGGCGUCGAUCGUGUCGUUUAAGGUCGACUCCGACGUCGUUUCGCUUGACGGGAGGGAGUUCUUGGAGACGGAUGCUGAGAUUGGGGACGACGGGAAGCUUCACGUUAAAGUGAGGAAGUCGAAUGUUUCGAGGCGGUCGGUUUCCGGGUUGGGAUUGGGCGGAAACGGAGGAGGAGUCGGGUCGUUUUCCGGGUUGACUCCUCGUCCGUCGAAUUUGACCGGCGCCGAGAUCUACAGCCUGAGCUCGUCGAGGAAUCCGACUCCCCGGGGUUCGAAUUUCAAUCCGGCGGAUUUCUACUCGAUGAUGGGGGUCCAGGGGUUCGGGUCGGGGCAGGGCCCGAGGGUCUCGAAUUUCGGGGCGGCGGAUUUGUACUCUGUUCAGUCCUCCCGCGGGCCGACUCCCCGGCCGUCGAAUUUCGAGGAGAAUUGCGCCGGUACGGCCGCCGGGGUGUCGCCGAGGUUCGGGUACUACCCUGCUCCGAACCCGGAAUUCUCUUCCGCCGCGGCGGCAGCAGCUCCGGCGAAGGGAGCGAAGAGCAAUCCUCCGCCGCCGGCGGGAGCAGGGACAACAUUGCAGCCGAGUAGCAACAAUGGUGGCAGCGGGAAAUCGAACCAUGACGCCAAGGAGCUUCAUAUGUUCGUCUGGAGUUCGAGUAAUUCUCCGGUGUCGGAAGCCGGCGGUGGAGGUGGCGCCGGCGCCGGCGGACUCCACGUUUUCGGCGGGUCGAAUGAGUCCGAUCAGGGCGCCAAGGAAAUCAGGAUGCUCGUCGCCGAUCAUCCCCAAAACGGAGAAACAGCUAAAGGGGAGUUCCCCGGCGGCGAGGAUUUCAGCUUUGCGGCGAAAGAAGGGGAAGACGAGAAGGAGAAGGAAGUGGGAGAAGGGCUGAUGGGUCUGAACAAGAUGGGAUCGACGGAGAUAGACCCGAAAGCCGCCGCUGCUGCGGCGGCCGGGGAAGGAGACGUCGGCGGAGGGGGGAGGAACAGGCAAAUGCCGCCGGCGAGCGUGAUGACGCGGCUGAUUCUAAUCAUGGUAUGGCGGAAGCUGAUCCGCAACCCCAACACGUACUCCAGCCUCAUUGGGCUCACAUGGUCCCUCGUCGCCUUUCGUUGGCACGUAGCAAUGCCUAAAAUAAUAGAGAAGUCGAUCUCCAUACUGUCCGAUGCUGGGCUUGGAAUGGCUAUGUUCAGCUUAGGGUUGUUCAUGGCUCUGCAACCCAAGAUAAUAGCUUGUGGGAAUUCAGUGGCAUCGUUUGCCAUGGCUGUUAGGUUCCUGACAGGUCCAGCUGUGAUGGCUGCAGCUUCCAUUGCUGUUGGACUACGUGGUACCCUUCUCCAUAUUGCCAUUGUUCAGGCUGCCUUGCCACAAGGGAUUGUACCAUUCGUCUUCGCCAAGGAGUACAACGUCCACCCUGCAAUUCUCAGCACUGCGGUUAUCUUUGGAAUGUUGAUAGCAUUGCCGAUUACACUUGUUUACUACAUUCUUCUCGGGUUGUGAAAUUUCGGUCGUGCACCUUAGCUAGUUGGUUAACUGUGUUAGUGGUAAUGCGACGGUUGCUGAAAUGAGGACUCGAUGAGAGAAAGAAGACGUUUCAAAAGAUGAUUAUAGAAUUUACCGAAGAUUUUUCAAGAGACGGGCCGUCCUCCCCACGAUAUGAGGAUCAUGCAGCCAUUAGAUGCCAAAAGUUUUGGUUUCUCCAUCGUUUCUAGCUAAAAGGGUUUCUGAAAUUAAGCAGGAAAAGAGGGCAAAGAAGCAAAGGGCAGGCAUGGAGGAGUGAAACAAGGCCUCAAAAGAAGGAAAAAAAGACAAGAGAAGAUUAUUAUAGGGGUACUAGAAGGCGACGAAAUGGGUGCAAAAUGAUGUAUAUGAAGACAGAAAGUGAUUAAAUGGAGGAGGAGUAAAUUAAGGGGUUUUUUUUUGGUUGUUUUCUUUUGUGUUGCAAUCCUUGUUUUAGGGGGUUUCUAUUUAGUGUUGGAUUUUAUUGUUCUUGUAGAUUGGUGCAAGUAUUUGCUAUUGUCCAUGUUUUAGUUUGUACACUUAUGUAUCUAGGAUAUUUGUUUUAGUAUGAAAGGUAGUUAUUUGAUUAUGUUAGAUGUCAUAUAUAUAUGUUCCAUCAUAUGAAUGUGUGUGUUUUUCCCUCAACCAAAGGAUUAUUGGUUUAGUGGUAUGAGCGGCAUGACGAU